AAGAGUCCCAGAGUGAAGCAGACUCAAUGCAGAAGACACUGACAGAGAUGGCCAUAAAAUUUUGUUGCUUUUCUCAGGAACAUGUUGAUGAUGUGGACUCCUGGGGUGAGUCCAUCGAGAAUCUUCUAUCCUGUAAAGCGGGGCAGAUAGCUUUCCAGGAGUUCUUGAAGUCAGAAUACAGUGAGGAAAAUAUUCUGUUCUGGCUGGCAUGUGAGGAAUACAAAAAGGUCACGAGUGAUCCAGAGAUGAUCAGCAUGGCAAACAAAAUCUACACUGAGUUUGUUGAAACAGAGGCUCCCAGACAGGUCAACAUCGAUUCUGGGACACGAACGAACAUAACAAACAACAUCUCUGAGCCAAACCUGAACUCAUUUGAUACUGCACAGAAGAUGAUCUUCAGUCUAAUGGCGAGAGACUGCUACCCCAGGUUUCUCAAGUCUGACAUAUACCAGUCCAUUCUGCAAAACCGAGGAAAGAGAUGACUUCAUAAUGGUACACAGUUUUUCAGAGUGUAACUACUACCAGUAAAUGACAUGUACAUUUUAUUUUAUAUUUGAUAAGAAUGAUCUUUUUAGUUUUGGACUGAAAUAGCUCUAUUUUCAUCAUUGUGUUGCUAUACAAAAAUAUUUUGAAGGAAUGAACAGACAGACCCCCCCAGAUGCACAUUCUAAGUGAAUGUCCCAAAUUAAAAUUUGCAGAAGAUCUGUCAUCAAGAGCAUGUCAAGAGUAUCAGAUUAGUAUCUAUUCUGAUGUUUUUGCACUGUUGUAAAAUACACUUUUGUUUAAUUUUUACCCAUCCAUGAGAAUAAAACAAUUGAACUAAAGUAUAUUAAUAUUAAAGUGCAAUAGAAACAACUUGAUGCAUCGCAAGCAUGUUUGAAAUGUGCAAUUAAUAAAAAUGGCAAUCAAGAAUAAGAAGAAAAUGUGAAUUUAAACACUGCACAAAAGUAUAGAUUUUUUUUUUAAACCCAGCUUGUACAGCCACUUCAUCUACAGUUCACUUCCAUACAAAAAUACAACGAUAUCGGUCAGAUGUGUAAUUAUUUGUCAAGAAACUGUUUAUUAUAUUGUUAUUGUUAUUUUUAUUAUUAUUAUUAUGGUUGUGUAAUUCUUUUUGUUAUUAUGAAAAAGCAAAGCUUUUGGGCAACUUUUUUUGAAUAGUGUUUCUUAUGAUUGAUGUUGUUAUGAUCGUCAGGAGGAAAAUUGUAAUAUUGAUUCAAAAGGCCAUUUAAAUAUGACCAUACACUUUUAUCUAUGCAUGAAUAUCCUGGAAUCAUUAUAUAAAAAGAUGAAAUAAAAAAUACUAAUUAAAGAGUAGCCUACUU